AUGCUCCGACUCCCAAAAUUAUGCAACUGUGUGGACCCCUUUCCAAAACCUUCAGUGACAUCCAGCGCAGCCAUCCGUUCCGGGUCCGUCAAGCUUUCGGACGGAUUGACCAUAAAAGUAGACGAUUACCAACAAGACAUCACCUGGAAGAUUAGCGAGCGCUUUGCGUUGGACGAGAUUGAAGCUUUCGUUCUGCUCCGUUCCUUCCUCUACAAUGAGCAAUACCACUACGCGCCCUCUUCGAAAGGAGCAGAUGCUGAUGUUGAAGCCGCGCUCUUAGACUCGAUCACAGACUUCUAUUUCGAAGAACGUCUCUUUCUCCUCCGACUCCUUCCCCCACUAUACCGAGCUCAGGCUGAUGACAGCAAUCUCCUUCAUGACUUAGCUACUGAGAUUCUUCACGAAGCUGCACCCGACCCCUCCCAAUACAUAAAAAAUCUCAUCGCCAACUUUGUGCGACGUACCAAGCAGGUUAUCCCGGUGAAGCCCCCUCCAAACCAGGCGACGACACCACUGAGUGUACGCUCAAAAUGGGCAAAACAGAUCGUACGUGAACAGAUAUGCAUUUUAGAGGUCAUCUUCUUCGCCACGUAUAAUAUGAGGAGCCAAGGAUCAUUGGUGGCCGAUUUCUAUGAAGCAAUUUACUCUACAUCGCUUGGUGCUGCGCAAACAAAUGCGGAGUCUCUCAUCGACCUGGAGUCGGAACAGCUUUUGAAGGAUCUGGAGUCGCUUGCUAUUAUCACUGCUGUCCAAGUCCUAUGCGUGGAGGCUUUAUAUGAUCAGGAACUUGAUCUCGAUGUGGUUUCCUCUGCACGACACGGGUACUUGGCAGAGCCAAAAGAGCUUGAAAGAAUGCACAAGCACGUACUUUCUACUCCGCCCCAGCCGCGCUUCAGUCCAAUAGUUCUUGCAUGGACAUGUGUUGUUCGACGAGUCGUUCAGGCAACCGAGAAUGACAGUUAUCCACAGGAAUACAGUUCCCUUGUGUCCCUUCUUGUCCCAGAACGCGACGCGCGGGAUGCUACCUGGCAAGACUUGACGCGUGUGGCAUUAAAUCCUGCAAUGGAUAUCUUCGGUGCUAUACAACGUUUACUAGUCUCUCCAUUACUUGACACGGAGGUUGCAGCCAAGCAAGGAUCCUCUAUCAUUUUCCCCAAUGAUAACGUUGUGCGUGCCAUUGUCAAAGGCCUCGUGAUUGGAUUAAUGGACUUGAUUCGCGUUGAAUACAUUGAAGAUAUUGAUUCUCUACUAGAUAUUUGGGUACUUCUGUUCGGGUCUGGAGAAUGGCAAUCCGUUGCACCCCUCUGCGCAGACUUUUGGCAGGUGGAUUUCCCCCGCGAUGCAUCGAACCGUCGAGCCCUGUUGGAAAUGACGCGCGACCGAUUCCCCGUUCAAGCGCGACCCUUCGUCCGCAUCCUUCGUUCACUAACCGCCACGGGUAAUUUCAAAGGUCUAGAAGGAUAUGUUUGGGAGCGGGAAUUGGAUAAUGAUCGUGCAGGAUGUGCCUUGUCUGUUUUCAACUACUUCAACUCGCUCAUGUCAUUCACUCAAGUCGUUGUCUUGGGCAAGCCGGAGCAGCAAGGAUUGUUCGAGGUUCGCAACUUUGCAGGAGGCACUGUGUAUACGAACACACGACCGCUUCGUCUUCCUGGCGGUUCCAUCUUAGCUGCACGCUCCCAAGGUACCGUGAUCAGUGAUGCGGAGGAAGGUGCUCCUUUAGUGGUCCUAUGGCAGCACAACCAUUCCGGUUGGAAGAUCGCACUUGCACUGCUCAAAGAGUACGUUAAAAUCAAACAGGUCGCGUCUGGAGGUGCCCGAUCUAGGUUCGGCCCGCUCGAUCGUGGAAUUGGCGCCUCAGGUGUGCAGUCACAGCUCUUACCGUAUGAUCUCUCUUUCGGGGAUCUGGGUAUCGACGAAGGCUCGUUAGACCAGGAUGUCAUUACGGACGUUCUCGAGCUAUUGCGCAGUGUCUUCCGAAACAACCAUCUCCUCACUGAAACGCUCAUGGAGACGAUGCUCCCAGAGCACGACGGCUCGUCCAGUGGAUGGGGCCGCGCAUCACUGAUAGAGGUCAUUCCUUUCAUACUUCAGGAGGCUCUGCAUUCAACCUCAUUGAGUAAUGAUGGUUUGCAUUCCCCAACCAAACUUGUCACCAACAUUCUGGGCUUGAUGACGGCCAUUCUCCCUCAUCACCCAGGAAGCGUGUGGACAUCUUUGCGAAACUCAACCCCUCUGUUCGGAAGUUCACGCCACCGAAGCUCUACACCCAACUUCCUAGCACAUGAACGCCAGAUGGGUGCAUACCCCAUGACUCUCGCACUGUUAGAACUUGUCCGAGCCCUCCUUGAUGAGAGCGUGAGGAUGAUGUAUGAAGUAACUCCUUCAUUCCGAGUGGUCAAAACCGAGGUCCUCCUUCGUGCUCUGUCCUUUGUUCACAAUGAGAUCUGGAUAGAAUACAACGGAUGGAAGUACUUAGCCUUAUCGGAAAAGUUUGAGAUUGGGUCCAAAAUUGCGAACCUCUUCGCCGAUAUUCUUGUCCAAGCACCAAGCUUAGAUUUACAAUCCGAUCUGUCUCCCACUCCGGAAGAUACCAGCUCUACGCUCUCAACGCUGGCUAAAUUUGUCAUGGAUGCCUUCUUCGUCAAAUCCCUACCGAACACCGUCACCCCGCUAGUAAAUGCUAUUGCAACUGGCCAGGGGACUCGGGAGUCAUUGCACAAGGCCCGACGGUUCAACGACGCCCACCAUCUGGACUUGCUCAUCGAGGUUAGCGUGCACUUAACUCGUCUGAUCUUAGUUCGCAAGAGCGGAACACCAGCCACAAAGACAUCACUUCUGGAACAAGGUCUCCUUACAGGAGCUUUGGCCGGAGCCAUCACUACAGACCAACAGAAGAAUCAACUGAGCCCCCUCGACAUAGUUGCGCGCCAUUUCACUCGUUCCCCGCAUGAACAUUCCCUCAAACUCGAGUCUAUCAAACUUCUUACUACCUUGUGUGUAUCCAUCUCCUCGUGUCACCCCUCGCCACCCUCCAUCCUCGGACGUCUAAGUGAUCCUGAGGACGUAGUCAAAUAUUUCAUCUCGAUUGUGCAACACGCCGAUGAUGAAUCCUCAGUCCGACUGGCUGCCUGGAACUUCAUUUCAACUUCCAUCGAAACGCAGCCCCCUCUAGCCUCCUUUUUUCUGACAGGCAAGGCCAUGCCGUCUACCUUGGAGAUGACUUCGAGAAACCCCUCCGCAUCAAGUAGUUCUGAGCCUCCAACAGCCUUGGAAGCCGCGCGGGAGACUCUGGCGAGAUGGAAUACUCUGUGGGAAGCCAAUCCUGCCAUUCUAGCCACUUGCAUGUCGUUCCUGGACUUGCUAUGGCAGCAUGGGCAUGAGCAUGUCAAUGUGAUUGAGGACGUGCGCAAGGAUGAAAAGUUCUGGGGUGAUAUGAAGAACCUGAUCGAUGCCAAAUUGGGGCCCGUCCCUUCGACCGAUGUGAUGGAUUUAAUGGACGUUGAAGGUCAGCUAAGAUCGACACUAAAUGAGAUCGCAUCGAGCCAUUCCUAUCAGACGGUCGUGAAAGCCCAUGCCAUCCACCUGAUUGCCCUUGACCUCUCUAUGCCAGACAAACGAUCUCCCCUUCCACCCUUCAGCAGCUUCCAUAUCAUUACCAAGCUCCUUGAUACCCCUCUCAAGUUCACCGAAGCCGUGGAGGAGGCAAUGGCUAGCCCCGUAGAGCCCACCCGUCACCUACGGGUACAGGCAGAUUUGGAAGCCGCAUAUCCGCUCAUGCCGUUGGAAAGUCUUCGUGCAGUGGCGCUUGUAUCUGAACGAGUUUUUGGCGAUGACUAUCUUUUCCCCUCACUAUUUGUUGAGGAGAGGCUGCACAACUACUACACAACCACGCAUGUCCAGCCCCCCACUUCCGCAUUAAUCAUGCACAAACUCGUCCUUUCCCUUAACCUCGAGUGGUCUCUGAUUGAUUCACAUAUGAAUCUGACGCGUUCUUGGUCCAAACUCCUCCAUUUCGCCAGGAAGACCAUCAUUGCUCGGAAGGAUAGUUACAAAAGUCUCUUCGCCUCUGCUACUUCGUUCGCCCGUCUCAUCGCAGGGGAAGCGCGGGCAGGUCCCGUGAUCGUGGCCGUACACUCCGAGCGACUUGCCAUUCUCCUGGCCUUGUUGGAAGCCAUGUUACCUUACGAAGCUAGCGCUGAGGAAGUUCACAAUCUUAUUGUCGCGUUGGAAUGCAUCGUUUCCCUUCAAAGUAUUUCACCAUUACAGCCCCUGUCUCGGCUAGUUCAGCCGGAAUUCCAGCAACUGCUCCUUCAAAUAUGCUACUUUUGUUGCCACAAAGCCAGGUCAGCAAAGCUGGACAAACUGCCGGCUGCAAAAAGAUCAUCAGUGAUACAAGCCGUUGGGACGAUACUCCGAUUUUGCAUAGAUGGCCUGCGGAUCGUGUUAGAGCAAGCGCGCUCUGUGGAUGAUCCGGGAUUGGAUGAGGAUCUCUCCUUACUAGUGUCGGUGUUUGAGGAAUGUAUAAGACCGGAGCACGGCUCGAGUCAGUCUCUUUGGUUAUCUCAACUUCAGGCGUCCAAUUCUAUUCGGCUAUCUCUGGAGGUGCUGUCCAAGGCGGAUCUGACAGGCGAAGCACACCCUGCAACUAUCCGUUCCCGUCAGUUCCCCUACUAUGCACGCCAUGUUCUCCAUUUCCAUCUUGCCCUCGCCAGCUUACCAUCAUCGGCUGAACGUUUGGCACACGAAGGUGCCAUGUCGGCGUAUGCCAGCAAUUCGCUCACCUCCUACCUGGGACGUGGGUCUGUUGAAGUCUAUGAUAUUUCUCAUCGCUCAUGGUGCUCCAUCCUUGCUAUCGUCACAAGCCUGAUAUUAGCGCUGGGAUCGGGAGGGACGCACUUCGUUAAAGCUGAAAUCGUCGGCUUUGUUCAGCUUUAUGGGUCGCAAUUGUCAAAAGUGCUGUCAUGGCGUGUCGGAGAUGCCCUUUCGACAGCCCUGGUGCGCGAACUGGAAGCAACCACAGCGUUAUUCAAUGCAAUCGCGGUAACGACCUCGCAAAGACACGGCGACGGUCUCGCUGCGCGUGAUAUCCUGCGCGCGUACAGCGAAAAGGCACUGUUUCUAUUGCAGCAACUUAAUGCAGCUGUAUCUUAUCCGAAUCAAGUCGCCUCCUCCUUGGAUCCCUUAGAUCCAGCUGAGCACUCACUGUUUGAACAGGAGCUCACUCUUGGAAGUGUGUCAUCCUCGAUUGAAUUUCUGGAUGAUGGAAAGCGGCCAAUCCUAGCGAGUUUUGUUCAAAAAUUCGUCUCAGUUUCCGCGACGACUUUGGCAACACUUGCUAUUGUCGGUGGAAGUGAUGCUAUUCUGAUGCGACAUGAGUUCAAAUCAAUAGACACAAUUCUCACUACGCCGAGCUCUAAAAUAUCUCCAGAUGAGCCAGCUACUGUUGGCACAUUAGUUGAACUUGGUAACUGGGUCGUCCAGCUCCUGUCGCAUCUAUUAAAGCGGCCCUCUUCUCCAAUUUCGGUUAUUUCAUCCGCUGUCGAUAUUGCGCCAUUCGACAGAUCGACGACCGUGAAGAGCUUGGCAAGUUUGAUAGAAAAGCUUAUGGUCUAUGCCACAACUCAACUUUCGCGCUGGCUCGAACGUGACCUUACGACUGAUUCGGAUGCGGGCAUUCUCACGCAAACUAAUGGGCGAGAAGACAUGGACACGACAGGCACGCCAAAGGGCACGCGGGGUGGCAGAAUAACACUCAUUCACGCGCAAGUGCAAUCCGCCGUUCAAGAUCAGGCUAGAGAUUUGAGUCUACUGGCAACUCGAGCGAAGGAAGUGCUGGGGAAAAUGGCCAGUGAUGAUGAGGGCUCAGCGUUGAUAUUGCUUGAGAUUCUGAUUGGCUUCACCUCCGCCAAAUUACUUCCGACUCCCAAUAGUGGCAGAUGA